AUGAAUGAAAGAAGCCCACAAACUAUUGGAUCCAUUAUUGAAUACAUGUGCAUGGUAGCAUAUCGGAAAUUUAUUACAAGAGCUCGGGGGGAAACAAUCCGAAAACGGUUGCUCAAUAAAAAGUUUCUUUUCGAUGUGUCAGACAAGGAAAAUAUGCAAAGGUUAGAAGGCGGUUUUUUGGGAGACGUAGAGGCAUACGAGCUAAAAGGCUUUGUUCAAGAUCUGCGUAAACGUGGAAUUGCGCAUGAUGGUCCAGAUGGUAUACAUAUACCUGCCUUGGACACAAUGGGUGAACCAACAGAAGAAGAUGACGCUGCCGGUAGUAGCAACGAUGCGCCUGUUAGCGAAGCCGAUGCGAUUCUUAAAGAUGCAGCCACACGGGCAGCUCUUGCUAGAAAAAUUGGUUCCUCCAGUAAAGUGCAGCGGACAUCGCCAAGCAAACUUCGAGCAUAUUUUGAAGUUGCUGAUGCUACACUCACUGAAGUCCCAAUUCCAAAUGAGAAAGAAGGCGUUCCGCCAAAAGAAAUCAUUAUCAAGAAAUCAAAAGAUGAUGAUAGAACCAAUGACGAGAAUCAGCAAACCGUUGAGGAUGGUUUGCCAUCAAAACGUGCACGGUAUUGUUGA